AUGAACUAUCAAGAAGGCGUUAUAAAUGUCCUGAAGACAAUAUCCUCACCUGGCAACGAUGCUAGCGAGUGCCAGGCAAAUCUCGAUCUCGAGUCAUCCCCUGUCACUGCUCACAGCGCGGAAUCGCAUGCGACCUACUUCUCGCCGCCUCCUGCGCCUGCGACACUGCUAGGCACUAGCAGCGCGAACUCUGAGGCCCUCGGCGCUAGUGGCCCAUUCCAACCGUCCUCCUUGACGACCACGACCACGGCCACGACCCCUGCGCUUGCCGCCCCCGGUCAGGCGACAGAUCGUAGCCCUAGUACACCUCCCACUAUCCACGAGCCUGCCUCUGCAUUACUGCCCCUGCCUGCUGAUAGCGACGAAAUCGCCGGCGCCACCAUGACUGACCAGUCCAACCCUCUACCCUCCCCAUCUGUUGCCCCUCCACCGGCCUUCGCCUUCACCGACGUGUCGCUUGGCAACUCUAAUCCCACUUAUGCCUCGGCACCCCAUAUCGGAUCCAUCGCUCGGCACCGGUGCUUUCUACCCACGAACGAUCAAUCUGCUUACUGGGGCACCCCAGCAUGGUCGGACCAGGCCAACUCGUCCUCGCGCGCAUUCGGUACGGAGCCGAUACUUCCGUAUGGGAAUAUAACACUCCCGAGCAUGUUUGGCAGUGAGUUCCACUCUGCGCCGCCUACAUUCGAGUUCGAGGCUCUGCACGCUGAUCCGAUGCUCACAAAUAUGGCUCCCCUGGGGCCACUGCUGUCUCUCACGUCCCCUAUGCCCUUGCCGAUCUCAUCCGCUCUUCUUGGGAACGGCGACGUGCAGCACAACGCGCACGGUAGCUACGAGCACGCAGGGCCAAUGUUCUGUGCGCAGACACAGCUGACGAACGGUUGGCGGGCGGACAAGGCGGAAGAGCGAGUAGGCGGGCAAGUUUCCAGCCCGGAAGCGCGGAAGACGGGCAGCACGAGCCUGGCGAACACGAAUCGCGUCGGUGUCCCUGCGGUCGGAUCAGACACAGACGACGGGGAAGCGACAAGGUCCCACUCACCGAUCGAACGCCCGGAGCACGUCGUUCACGUCCAGAGCACGUCGCUUGCGUCCGGACACCGUCGCCACGUCCGGACACCUGCCCAGACGCAAUCGUCACGUCCGACCACCGUCGUUCCCGUCCGGGCGCACGAAGGCCAGCGCGCGCGGCCCGGCGAACGAUACGCAUGCGGGUCUACUACACCCACACGCGGUCCAGGCGAUGGCCAUGUCGACGAUCGAACCGCCCUCGAUACCCUGCAGCGAGCCCUGCCCACGGCGCCGACGAGCUCGUGUCCGCGCAAGAGCACGAGGACCGCCAUGGUCGCGAGAACCAACGGCGGGACGGUGACGAACCGCAGCCGUCCAGACGAUGGUUAA